UCCGAAGCACGGUAUGUUAGUGUUCUGGGUGAAAAUGAAAACAAUGAAACCAUGCAGAAUGAAAACUCUAAUUAUGAAAAGUUUUUUAACCAUGAUGGUUUUGUGAAUAGUCAAGAUUGGUCUACGACAGAAACUCGAAGCCAUGUUCACCCAAUGGAUUUGCAAAUGGCAAUUUUUCAUUGUGGAGACAAUUUUGUGAGGCAGUACAUUUACACCAAACUCUCGUUUUGCCAGUUUGCACUGCCGCUUUUAGUUCCAAAUCCUUGUAGCUCAGAAAUAGAAUUCCCUCUAUGGGCAUUCCGACAGAUUAAAAAGAGCUGGAAAUCCCGUGCUGCAUCUACUGAGAUACAGCAAACCAACCUCUGUGCGAUUGUUAACGCUGACACUCCUCUAGUGUCAUUCAUUAGGUUUGGUGAAUCACCCGCAUCGAAAUCUCAGAUGCUGAACUCUCUGCUUGGAAAGCAAAAGAAUGAAGUUUUCUUUCAUAGACACUGCAGAGGCAGCAGCAAGAAUGGUCUCCUAAUGGAAGGAGUCACAGAGAUCGCCUGGUACUGUCCAGGUGGGAGGGAUGAUGACGUCUUUAAUGACUGCAUAGCGUUCACAAAUCUCCAUGGAGAUGCGAGCGAGCACAAAAAGCAGGUGCAGUUUCUCCUCGAGAUAUCCACUGUCAACGUGAUAUUAAUGUCAGAUUAUGAUAACAAUGAUGAAGCUAAAAGCAUUUUGGUAGAUUGUCUAAAUUCUCCAAAGCCUUUACUUUGCCUUUGGGCUGACAAAUAACGAAUCUUGGGU